GUAUCCAUAGUGCUUCUCAGGCUGGAAAUACAUGGUCACGGUGGGUCUUGCAGGUGCUGUUGGUGAGUAGCAGUCGGUACCCAGACCAGUGGAUUGUCCCGGGAGGAGGAAUGGAGCCUGAGGAGGAGCCUGGCGGUGCUGCCGUGAGGGAAGUUUAUGAGGAGGCAGGAGUCAAAGGAAAACUAGGAAGACUCCUGGGUAUAUUUGAGCAGAACCAAGACCGAAAGCAUAGAACAUAUGUUUAUGUUCUUACAGUCACUGAAAUAUUAGAAGACUGGGAAGAUUCUGUUAAUAUAGGAAGAAAGAGAGAGUGGUUCAAAGUAGAAGAUGCAAUCAAAGUUCUCCAAUGUCAUAAACCUGUACAUGCAGAGUAUCUGGAAAAGCUAAAGCUGGGUUGCUCCCCAAGCAAUGGAAAUUCCACAGUACCUUCCCUUCCAGAUAAUAAUGCCUUGUUUGUGACUGCCGCACAGACCUCGGGGUUGCCAUCUAGUGUAAGAUAGAGAGUUUGGGGAGGACCUCCCCGACCAUGUGUGAUCUCUUGGGGAGAGGCUUCUUCACUUUCCUUGGCAAACAUCUGAAUGAUGCUCGCAAACUGUCUGAAUUUGCCAUGCAGGGAUUUCAAACAAUUUGCAUGUUUUUCAGAUGCUUUCAAAUCUUCUUUUAAAAAAAAAAAAAGUGUAAAAUAUUUUAAUAAGCCAAAGCCAUGUGGAAUUUUUUUUAGAUGCCUUAACUGUGCCCCCUCAUGUUAUUUUUGUCAUUUUUUUCACAGCAUUUUUUAAGGGUUUUUUUGUUUUGAUCUGUCCAUUUGGCAUCAGUCUUUUAUCAGAUCAAAUUACUUGUGGGUAUAUUCCCCCUAAAUUGUUUUCUCAUUUGCAGCAUUAAUAUAGUCAACAAAUCUUUCUGUGGUGGGAAUUAAUGGAAAAUAUUCGUAGUAUUAAAGAAAUCCAUCCAUUCCAGAACUUGUUUCAUAGGAUAAGAAUUUAAAAUCAUAAAUUGCACAUUUGGACUGUCUCUGUAUGGUCCUUAACUGUUCGGGCAAAGGACUUCAAUUUGAUAUUUGGGAAAUUUGUCAACUCUUCUCUAAAUUUGCAUAAUUAGUAUUAUGUUGCUGUCAACCUGAAAUGGCUAUUUUCCCUAAAAUUCAAUAGUAAUUUAACACAAAAUACUACUCUAUAGUGAGUUGGUGAUUUUUACGGAAAUACUGUUAGCAAAAUGCAUGAUGUAGUAAAUACAUCUUUCUUAUCAUGAAGACAGUAUUCACGGAAUUUAUUUAACAUGCUCAGUUGCCAAUUCCCUUUGUCACUGAUCUCUUACGUAGAAUAUCUUGGAACCAUAUUUCCCUCAAUGUAAAUUGCCCUUAAAACAUUUUCAGUUUUAAUUUAGAUUUACCAAAAACCACAGGAUUAGAAUCUCACCUUCAGGGCCAAAUCAGUGAUGGCUGCACCACAGUGAAAUACAAAGGCCACCUUGCUGUUCAGCUGCUGUGGGCUUAAGAUUGUUAAGGCACCUUCAAAUGUCUCAUCUUUUUUAGGUUGUCAGUAAUUACUGUUUGUCAUAACUUUUGGGGCACUAAACACACCUGAACUAAAAAUUAUUUCAUCUUACCCUUUAUACUCACUUUAAAAAUCAGGCAUCCCAUCUAAAAUAAAUAAGUACCUGGAUUGAAACUCCUGCAUUUCCCUCAACAAGGUCAGAAAUAAGAGGAGAGUAAAAAAAAAAACAUUGACUAAUGUUGGGAGAGUGAAAAAAGAUCACUUUUUCUUAUAGACAAUAUUAGCCUUUUGUAAAUAUUGUAACUGGUGAGUAUAAAGUAGAAAAGGUAUAGUUAAAAUAUUUGCUCUCUAUAUAACUGCUAACCUUUAAAAAUAUAAUUGCUGCUAAAAAUAGAGCUGUUAUAUUUCAGGAAAAUUGGUGCCAUUUUGAAAAUGAGAUCUUGUGCCAUUAAAGGCAGCUGAACUAAAUAUAAACAUAGUUCACAAAUUAAUGCUGUCAACGGAAGGAGUAAAAGAGAAAAACUUAACCAGUGACAUUUUAUCCUAAAUUAUGUAGUAUAAUCAAAUGUGAUCAUCAGAAUUUUUAUAUUUUUCUUUGUACAGAGGUUAUGUAUUCUGAGUGUUUUUAAAAAAAGGAAACAUUUUAAAUCCCACAGAUUUGUAUCAAUCACCAAUGGACUUAAGAUUUUUUUUCUCAGUAAUCUCUGAAAUUUGUUUAAAUUAUACACUUAACACAGCAGACAAACUGGAUUGUUUUUGUAUAUAAGACUGCUUCCACCUGAAAUGCUGUCAAGAGUACUUGGGGGGUUUAUCUUGUACAUGAUAUUCUUAGAGGUAAUAAUGCAUGAACUUAUUUUAUAAACUCUUGGACUAUGUAUUUGACAUGUAAAAAAUGUACAGUAUUAAUGUCAACCAUCUCUUAAAAGUUAGCCUAUAAAUAUUGUUGUAUAAUUUUCUUUGGUCAGAAACAUUUUGGUCUAAGUAGUGCCGUCAGGAUUUUCUUCAGUGCCAUUUAGCAAAACAUCUGUCAUUCACCUAUGCAACUAGCAAAAAUGUGUAUAAUACUACAGAGUACCUUACAGUUUCACUUUUAAAAUUUCUUCACUGUUCUUGUGGAACCUGAUCUAGCAAAAUUAGAGGAAAGCCCCAAGGAAAUUUACUUGAAAAGCCAACAUUUCCAGGUUAAAUAGUGGAAUCCACUACUAAAGAUAACCAGUAAAAUGUCUACCAUCUCACCCUCCAAAGUUUGCAAGGUAUUGAGGCUGUUAAUUGUGCUUAUUUGUGGGGUAGUUGAAUAAAAUUGGGCACUUAAUUUUUGGGUUCCUUGUCCCUCAUGAAAAAGCAGUUACUGUAAAUUUGACUUGUAGACAAAGUAGAAUCUGCCCUGCAUGUUGUUUUGUAAAGAUGCCAUUUUUCCAUCCAAGCACAUGCUAUCCAAUUUCCUAUCUAUCACACUAUUGUAUAAAGAGCAGCAAAAACUGGAGGGGGAAGUAACUGCUGUACACACUGAAUUGCUCUGCAUGGUCUUAUUUGAGAUAAUUGGUGUAAGAAUCUUGACUUUUUUUAUAUUUGGAAACAUCAAAUAAAAAUGGAAACAAUC